AUGUGCCCGGCUGAACCCUUUGUGCUUUCAGGAGAUUUUGACUCGAUGAAAUUUCUGACAGGAAAAAAUAAAUCUGUGGUGUUGUGGAGCAUUCAGGAUCAUGUUUCAACAUUGGCCACAGAUUCAGGCCAGUUAACAGAUUCUGCAGGUUCUGUUGUAAAAGCUGCUGAUAAUUCUUCUGUUGGUCCACGAGGGGUCUUUCAAGGGCAUGAUGAUAUAGUUGAGGAUGUGCAAUUUUGCCCAUCGAGUUCACAGCAGUUUUGUAUCGUUGGAGAUGAUUCCUGUUUGAUACUAUGGGAUGCAAGGAUAGGAUGUGAUCCCGUUGUGAAGGUUGAAAAGGCGCACAGUGCCGAUCUUCAUUGUGUAGAUUGGAAUUCUCACGACGAAAAUUAUAUUCUGACCGGCUCUGAUGGAGUCGGAUUGCCUGUCCAUAAAUUUGCAGGUCAUACAUCUGCUGUUCUCUGUGUUCAGUGGUCGCCAGGCAAACACUCAGUCUUUGGGUCGUCAGCAGAGGAUGGUCUGUUGAACAUUUGGGAUUAUGAGAAGGUUGAUGAAAAGAAAGAAAGUGGGUCCAAAUCUCCAAGUGCUCCUCCGGGGUUGAUUUUCCAACAUGCUGGCCACAGAGAUAAGGUUGUCGACUUCUACUGGAAUGCCUCUGAUCCAUGGACAGUUGCUAGUGUAUCUGAUGAUGGAGAAUCCUCUGGUGGAGGUGGUACUUUACAGGUUUCAAAUGAAAAAAACCCUAACCGAACACCAGACAAGAAAAUGUUAAGAGCAGUACCGGCAAGAGAGAGAGGGCCAGACAAGGUUGUGAUGAGCAAACCAGUCUUACAACACUGGCAGCAGCUGCUUCCAAUUAAUACACCUUUCCUCCAAGGAGGCGUUUAUCUUCUCGCCGCUGGUGCCUCUCCUCUUAGCACUAGCCAUUUUCUCCUUGGCUGCUACGAUUUUAAGGCGAAUACUGAGUACAGUCAAUCAGAAGCAGAGCUUGAUGAGUAA